UUUUCUGAUCACUUGUUGAGUUCUGUCGCUCAUCUGAAGUCUGGCUCAUGUAACUAGAAUAGGAAGUUAGUGAAAGCACUGCUGUGAACACAUGGGAUGUUUUGUCUUUGAUCCAAAACGUCUUUGGUUUAAAGGAAAUGGAUUAAACCCUGAGCCCAGGUCUUUGUCACAAGCCAGCUCUAGUGUGUGAGAGAGAGGCCUUUACGACCAACUAGGGAAAUUCACACUAUCCUUCUCAUGGAGGACAAAAAGUCUGUGGUGGACAGUUUGCGCCAAAGAGCCAAACACUUUCGUUACUCGCGGGUUGGCAGCGACAAAAGCCCCGACAAGCCAGAGGUGAGCGAAGAGCGUUUUUUGGACCAGCGAAUGAGCACAUCUGUUAUGGACGUCUUGCAGAGGAGUCGGAUGUCCUCCCUAAAAAGCCCCUCCCAUCAACAGCCAGCUGACCUCGGAACAUCCCCUGCCUGCAACAGUAGCCCAGACCUCCCCUUCAGCUUUACUCUGCGAAAGAAAGGGGGCAGCACCAGCCUCUCCGAUUCACUAGACUCGACCGGCUGGCUGUCGCAGGAUUCAGUCACUGAUGCCCCAUGUGAAUACAACUUCUCCAAGUCCACAGAUGAGAUGGAUCAGGUGCUGCGUUUGAGGGACACGCAGCUUCCUUCAUCAGAGAGCUUGGCUGAGAAGCCGCAUUUCAACAGAAAUGAUUCAGAUAUGUUCUCCAUACAUGACAACGAGCACAAUAAUAUUCUGGACAUGAAGACAGAAUCAGCUGGAGCGAAUGAGCAUCAGAGGCAAGCUCAGAGAAUGUAUCUGCUCACUAUAUGCCUGAAGGAGGGCCGUGGACUAGUCAUUAGAGACCGCUGUGGCACAAGUGAUCCAUAUGUGAAAUUCAAGCUGGAUGGGAAGACCUUGUACAAAAGCAAAGUGGUGUAUAAGAAUCUCAACCCUGUCUGGAAUGAGUCCUUCACCUUCCCGAUCCGUAACCUGGACCAGAGACUUUUCAUCAAGGUGUAUGAUCGAGAUCUGACAACGGAUGACUUCAUGGGGUCCUGCGGUGUUGAGCUGAAUAAACUGGAACUUGAAAUGAACAGCGAGAUGGUGCUUCCAUUAGACGACCCCAACAGCCUGGAGGACGAUAUGGGUGUCAUAGUCAUCGAUAUCUGCUUAUCUGUGAGGGACAGUAAAUACAAAAAACACAAAUGGGCCCAAAGGACAAAAAGGAGCCUCAUGGGAAGUACAACAGAACAUAACAAACGUCUCACGGAGUCUAUGAAGAAGAGUCAACUCUGGACCGGCGUAUUUACCAUCACUCUGGUGGAGGGGAAGGGCUUACCACUGGACGGACAGGGGGACGUGUUUGUUCGCUUUAAACUGGGGGAUCAGAAAUAUAAAAGCAAGAGUCAAGGGAAGAAGGUCAACACACAGUGGAGAGAAAGAUUUGACUUCUUCCAGUUCCCUGAUGCGUCCAGCCUUCUAGAGGUUGAAGUGGUGGGAAAAGAGGGCCGGAGAAAUGAGGAGUGUUACGGACAGUGUGAGAUCGACUUGUUUGGGUUGCCAUCUAAUAAAUCCACACUGUUUACACCUGAGCUGGACAUGGGCCGAGGCAGGGUGGUGUUCCUGGUCACUCCCACUCCCUGCACUGGAGCUUCCAUCACGGAUCUCAUCGCCCCUCCGCUGGAAGAGCCUCAUGAGAGAGACAAUAUGCUGGUUAAAUAUAGUUUCAGGAACUCGUUGAAGGACUUGAGAGAUAUUGGUUUUCUUCAGGUUAAAGUGAUCAAGGCCACGGACCUCUUGGCUGCUGAUCUAAACGGAAAGAGUGACCCAUUUUGUGUCCUGGAAUUGGGAAACAACCGGCUGCAGACCCACACCAUAUACAAAACCCUCAACCCUGAGUGGAAUAAAGUCUUUACAUUCCCAGUAAAAGACAUUCAUGAGGUUCUGGAAGUGACCGUGUUUGAUGAGGAUGGAGACAAAGCCCCAGAUUUCUUGGGGAAGGUGGCCCUUCCUUUACUCUCAAUACGUAACGGUCAGCAGGUUGCUUGUCCUCUAAAGAAAGAGAAUUUGGGAGGACUGUCUAAAGGAGCCAUAAUACUGGAGCUGGAAGUCUUUUACAAUUCUAUCAAAGCAAGCAUCAAGACCUUCACGCCUAGAGAACAGAGGUUUAUGGAGGAUGAUGCCAAGUUUUCUAAGAAGGUUCUUGCCAGAAAUGUUAUUCGCGUGAGGAACAUUUAUCGUGCCGUGUGUCACGUCAACCAGUUCAUCAAGAGCUGUUUCCAGUGGGAAAGUGUCCAGAGAAGCAUCAUGGCAUUUCUGGUCUUUGUGGUUACAGUGUGGUACUGGGAUUUCUACAUGCUGCCCCUGUUCAUGGUCCUUUUCUUCGUAUGGAACUAUCUCCAGAUCGCCUCUGAGAGAGACCUAGACACCAUGGAGUUAAAUGAAGAGGAAGAUGAAGAUGAAAAGGAAUCUGAAAGGAAAGGUCUGAUGGAGAAAAUUCACAUGGUUCAGGAGAUUGUCAUUAUGGUCCAGAACCUUCUGGAGGAGAUUGCAUCCUUUGGUGAAAGAAUAAAGAAUACAUUCAACUGGUCAGUGCCGUUCUUGUCUAAUCUGGCCCUCGUGGUUCUCAUCAUGGCUACGGUGAUCACUUACUUUAUUCCAGUACGCUACAUUGUUUUAUUAUGGGGUAUACAUAAAUUCACAAAGAAACUGCGCAAUCCAUAUGCCAUUGAAAACAACGAGGUGAUGGAUUUCCUCUCCAGAGUUCCUUCAGAUGUCCAAAUGGCACAGUACACUGAACUGAGCACCUGUAGUGCUCACAGUCCUAACAAGAGAAGAAGAGCGUCUCCAUAGACACUACAGAAUGAAAAGGCUGGUCUCCUGAGAACAUUCUGUGAAGAGCCUUUGAAGGUGCCAGGACUCGACGGCCAGGGAAUGAUUUCAACAUGUACUUAAGAAGGUGAAUUGCAGUUGAUCUGCUUAUUUUAUUUGAGCGAACAGAAAUCAUUCCCAUCAGAUGGUCCGGUCUUACUGCUGGGUCGUGCUGAAGCACCAUGCUUAAUAACACAGAGACAUAUAACACUCCGUACAGCUGCAGAUCUGUUGCAUUGAGGGAUGAAGAAAUGUAUGGUUCCAGUAUAUAUCUACAGAUGCAAUGGCUAAACGACACAUCAUGUACAGUAUGAGUGCAAUACAGUGUAAUGGUUUGCUAUUUUAUACUUGAUGCAGUUCUUUAUUUUGUCUUGUCAAACUUGUAAAAAUAUGUUUUUGUAAAGUCUCAUUCUAUACAAGCCACUUGAACUUAACUAAACUUAUAAUGUA